UUUGAUUGAGUUGUCAAAUCUCCUUAGCUGACGUUGUUUACAAUUUUUAUUUUAUAAAAACUCAAAAAUAUUCUUAUAGAAAAAUUCCGUAAUAUGUCUCUAACAUUGUUGCUAGAAAAAUAUGAUGUAUCUACAGAAGAAGGACUGCAGAAAGCUCUGCUUGAAAUCGAAAAGGAAGAGGUAGAAGUAGAUGAAGCUUUAGCUGGUGUGCUGUCACGUGCUUGCACACUGGAGGGCCGACUACGUACUGCCAGCCAGGCGUACACAAAGCUGGGAGAAGUGAAAACAGAUGCACAAGUGGCUGCUGACAUGGUAGAUAGAACUGCAGAACUGGCGAGAGAUGUCAGUGCUAAAGUACGCCAACUAGACUUAGCUAGAUCGCGUGUGGCCGAGUGUCAGCGGCGCGUGCACGACUUGAUAGACUUGCAGCUGUGCAGUGCAGGCGUGGAGGCGGCCAUAAAAGCUCACGAUUACGAAACGGGCGCGGCGCACGUGGCCCGCUACCUGUCCAUGGAGCCCGGCUCGCUGCAGGCGGCGCGGGCGCGCGGCGCCCCCGACCCUCGCCACACCAUGGAGCGAGCGGCCGCCACGCUCGGGGAACAUCUCGUACGCAAAUUCGAGGAGGCAGCAAAAAAGGAAGACGAAGCGGCGGUGGAACGCCUGUUCAGGUUGUUCCCCCAGAUCGGUCGCGCUGACGACGGAGUCGAUUUGCUCGCGAAGUAUCUCCUUACACAAGUGGAGGGCGCGGUGCGUCGCGCGUGCGUGGUGGCGGGCGGCGCGGGUGCUGGUGCCGCCGGUGCCGGUGCUGGUGCGGAGGCGGCCGUGUUCGCGGACGCGCUGACGCGCGUGCUGGAGGCGGGCGCGGCGGCGGCCGAGCGCGCGCGCCGCGUGCCGCCGCCCGCCGCCGGCCGCCUGCCGCGCGCGCUGCGCCUGCUGCAGCCCGCGGUAUGCGCAGGCGCUCGGCGUGUGUUCGCAGCACAGCGGGCCGCUCGUCUCGACAACGCAGCGAAUGCGACCGGCGCGGGCGCGCUCGCCGCCGAGCCCGUGCUGGCAGAACUAGCACUGUCGCUGUCUCGAGUGCGGCUCUACUUCGACUUUUUGCGAAGGAAAACAGAGGCAGAUGCAUCAACGUUAGACGAGGCAGGCAAGCAAGCGUCAGCGGAAGCGAUAGAGAAGAUCAUAGCGGAGUGCGAGCUCACGCGCAUCGCGCAGGACAUGCUCGCGCACUACCUGCAGCUCGAGAGGUAUUUCCUGGAGGAGAGUGUAAGCAAAGCAUUGAAAAUGGCAACACCGCAAGCGGGUUCUACCACGUCGAGUCUAGUUGAUGACGUGUUCUUCAUUGCUAGAAAAGUUAUAAGGCGCGGCGUGUCGACGGGCAGCGUGGACGGCGCGUGCGCGGUGCUGAACGAGGCGGGCGCGCUGCUGGAGCGGCUGCCGGCGGCGGCGCUGCGCCGCUGGCUGCGCGCGAGUGUGUGUAGUGUGUGCGAGUGUGCAGCGUGCAGUGUGUCCGUGUGCAGGCGCGGCGUGUCGCCGGGCAGCGUGGACGCCGCGUGCGCGGUGCUGAACGAGGCGGGCGCGCUGCUGGAGCGGCUGCCGGCGGCGGCGCUGCGCCGCUGGCUGCGCGCGCCGCCCGACGCGCUGCCGCUGCCGCCGCCCGCCGCCGCACCCGCACUCGCGCCUGCGCCGCGACUUACCAAGGAACUCGACGCGCAACGUGCUCUAUUUCUGGCGCACCUGAACGAGGCGGAGGCGGGCGGCGAGUGGGCGGAGCGGCUGGCGAGCGAGGCGGUGGCGGAGGCGGGCGCGCUGUGCCGCGGCGAGCGCGACGCGGCCAAGCUGGCGUCGUGCGCGGCCGGGCUGGGCGCGGCCGCCGCCGCCUUCCGCGCCGCGCACGACCUGGGGCUGGCCGGCCUCCGCGCCGCGCUGCGCCCGCGCCUGCUCGCCUGGGCCGACGCGCUCGCCGACCCGGGGGACCUGGCAGAAGACAUAGAGGAGGACACGGACGCGGACGCGCUGCCCGCGGCGCUGGACGUGCUCGCGGAGAGCGCGCGCGCGCAGCUGUCGCCGCAGACGGCCGACGCCGUGCUGCUCGGCGCGCUCAGCGACCUGGCGGCGCGCGCCGAGCGCCGCCUGCUGCACCACACGUACAGCCGCGAGGCGGGGCUGGUGGUGGAGCGGCGCGCGCGGCGGCUGGCGGGCUGGGCGGGCGGCGCGGCGCCGGCGGCCCGCGAGCGCUGCGCGCGCCUGGCGCAGGCGGCCGCGCUGCUGGCACUCGAGCGGCUGCAGCACGCGCACCACGCGCUGCAGCCCGCCGCGCGCCUCGCGCCCGCCGACGCCCGCAUACUCGCGCGCAGGUAG